ACAGUGGGCAGUAUGUACAAGAGAGGAGUGUAGAGGGUAUGACAGUGGGCAGUAUGUACAGGAGAGGAGUGUGGAGAUUAUGACAGUGAUCAGUAUGUACAGAAGAGAAGUGUGUAGGUUAUGACAGUGGGCAGUAUGUACAGGAGAGGAGUGUGGAGGUUAUGACAGUGGCAGUAAGUACAGGAGAGGAGUGUGGAGGGUAUUACAGUGGGCAGUAUGUACAGGAGAGCCGUGUGGCGGGUAUGACGGGGGGCAGUAUGUACAGGAAAGAAGUGUGGAGGGUAUGGCGGUGGGCAGUAUGUACAGGAGAGGAGUGUGGAGGGUAUGAUAGUGGGCAGUAUGUAGAGGAGGAGGAGUGUGGAGGAUAUAACAGUGAGCAGUAUGUACAGGAGAGGAGU